UCUCUCACUCAAAUUAACAAGUUCUUCCUAUCAAAAUGGCUCUCACAGGAGAGAAAGAUGAUCCUUUUCUGUUCCCACCAAUGGAUUAUCAAGGUGAACCUCCCAAAUUCUUCUCUUCAGACCUUCUUUCAUCGCCUUUACCCACACAUUCUUUCUUCCAGAACUUUGUUGAAGCAGAUGGCCACAACUCAGUGUACAUUCACCCUUACCUCAUCAAAUCAUCAGCUUCCUCUGUUUCUCUCUGCUAUCCAUCUCGCCGUGUUGAAUCAUGUUCCAUAGAGCAGGUAUUCAAAGCUGAUCUCACUAUCUCUUCCACAACUCAACAAACCCAACAAGGUUCUCAAUCUCAUCAUCAUGUUAUAUCUUCCUUCAGUGAUCUUAGUGUCACUUUGGAUAUUCCUUCUUCUGAUCUUACUUUCUUCCUUGUUAGGGGAUGCCCUUAUGUUACUUUCUCUGUCUCUGAUCAAACACCAUUAUUUUCAAUAACCACUGUUCACAAAUUCUGUUUCUUUACUUCAAAUUCUUCACUCACCAAGUUUGCCCUCAAGCUUGACAAUGGCCAAGCAUGGCUUUUGUAUGCUUCUUUACCAAUCAAGGUCGGUAACAGCUAUGAGACUAUGAUCUCUUUCUCAAAGAAAUAUACUUCUCGUGAUCAUGGGGUUUCUCUGGUAGUGAGGAUAGCAUUGCUGCCAAAUUCAAGUUCAGAACUUGAGGAUGUUCUUGACAGGUACAGCACUUGUUAUCCUGUAUCUGGUGAUGCUUUGUUUACUAAGCCAUAUUGUGUUGAAUAUAAGUGGGAGAAGAGAGGGUUUGUUAAUGGUGAUUUGUUAAUGUUAGCACACCCUCUUCAUCUUCAACUUUUAUCCAAGGAUGAGGGUAAUGUUACUGUUCUUCAAGAUUUUAAGUAUAGGAGCAUUGAUGGGGACCUUGUUGGUGUUGUUGGAGAUUCAUGGUUGCUGAAAGCAGAUCAUGUUCCUGUGACUUGGUAUUCUACUAGAGGUGUCAAAGAAGAAUCUUUUGAUGAAAUCAAAUCAGCUCUUUCCAAAGAUGUAGCUGGUCUUUGUUCUUCUGAGAUAACAACAAUUUCAGAUUAUUAUUAUGGGAAAUUUAUUGCAAGGGCAGCAAGGUUGGCUUUGAUAGCCGAGGAGAUUGGUUUUCUUGAAGUGAUCCCAUCCGUGAAGAAGUUCUUGCAUGAAACAAUUCAGCCAUGGUUGGAUGGGACUUUUGAUGGCAAUGGAUUUCUAUAUGAUGCAAAAUGGGGAAGGAUUAGUGUUGAAGCAUACAGUGCUGGGUACUUCCUUUAUGGAAUUGCAGUGCUUGCAAAGAUUGAUCCAGCUUGGGGAAUGAAAUAUAAGCCUAAAGCCUACUCACUUAUGGCAAAUUUUAUGAACUUGGCAAGAGGAUCUAACUCGAAAUAUACACGUCUAAGGUGUUUCGAUCUAUACAAAUUGCACUCUUGGGCUUCAGGGCUAUGGAAUAAUUUAUAUGAACCUGAAAUGCAACAAGACAGCAACAGUGAAGCUGUAAAUAUUUACUAUUCUGCUGCAUUGAUGGGCCUAGCUUAUGGUGACAUCCAUCUUGCUUCCAUUGGAUCAACUCUUGCAUCGUUGGAGAUUCAUGCUGCUAAGAUGUGGUGGCAUGUGAAAGAGGGUGAUAAUCUGUAUGAAGAAGAUUUUGCUCAAGAAAAUAAGUUAGUUGGUUAUCUUUCUGAGAACAAUAGACUUUGUAAAAUGCGCAAUUGUUAUAGUGAGACUGAGUGUAAGAUUGGCCUUCAUGUGUUACCCUUAUUGCCUAUUACUGAGUUCUUAUUCUCCAAUGUUGAUUUUGUUAAGGACCUUGUGAAGUGGUCACCAUCUGGAUAUAGAGUAGGAGACGGAUGGAUGGGGUUUGUGUAUGCACUUGAAGGAAUUUUUAACAAUAAAGUUGCAUUGGAGAAGAUUAGAAGCUUAAAGCGUUUUGAUGCUGGCAACACAUUGAGCAAUCUCUUGUGGUGGAUUCACAGUAGACAUAAUUAUAGAAAAAUGGGAUCCUGUCAUGAGAAACAAUAUUGCUUCUGUCAUUGCUGCCCUAAUAUUUUAAGGUUUAGAUUAUUGUGAUAGUGUGUUGAAUGUUGAAUGUAUGGUUCUUGAUGAGGACUGACUUAUAGUUCAGUUAUCCCAUUGAGUUACAUUAUAUUGUUGCAUAGUUGAACAAAAAUGAUGAUGUUAAAGUUUGCAGCUUUUUUUCUAAUUAAAGAACAAUUCAAUC